CUGAAGCGGGGCGAGAACUUCUUUUCCCGGGCGAUUGUUUCCUAGGUUUGUCGCUUUCCGGGGAAUAUCCGGCAACUUCGUAGCCGGAAAAAUGGUGGACGUCGUAAAUAUGGGUGUUCUGGACGAAAUCCAAUCUCUCGUUUCUGAUAAGCUUCAAGUGGUGUCUUACAAGUGGCUUAGUCGCAACUUCUCAGUGUCUUCAAAUGAUGCAAAGAGGUUGCUUCUGGAAUUCAUUGAAAAGCAUGGAAGUGGUUUGGAAAUAAUAUAUACAUUGUCUGGGUGGUUAAAGAAAAAUCCUUCGGUUUACAAUAUAAGGCUUGUUCCUGGACUAAAACUUGCAGAAAUCAAACAAGAAUUUGAGGAAAACUGCUCAGUUCAGGUCUACAGUGUCCAAGCUUGCAUCCCAAAGGACCCAGCAGUGCUUUGGAAUGCUGAAUUUGUACAAGCAGAAGAGCUCUUUAAUCAGCCUUCAGCUGUGAAUAAUUGCUUGAGGGACAACAGGUUCUGUGGGGUUUCAAAUUCCUUUGUCAAGCGCAAUGCCCAUGAAACACCUGCCAUUGUUGUGCCUCCACAACCUAGAAAUGUGGGAGUCACAGGGCUAUCAAAGAGCAAUUCUACAAAUCAAACUCUUCCUGCUCCAUUUGUACAAGGAAAAGUACAGCAUGAGAGCCCAAAAAUUGGAGUGCAGUCUUCUACUGCAGCUACAAAGGAUGUCAAGAGUGAAAGUAGUUCCAAGCCUGUUCAGGCCAGUGAACCUAAUAUAGAUAAAGAAAAAAUUACUACAUUUCCUGCUAACAAAAGGAAAGGCCAAAAUGACAAGCGGACUGGAGGAUCACUGGCCACAUUUUGGGGGCGUGCAUCUGCAAAGUUAAAACCAAACUGCCCACCAGCUGAAACUAAUAGUGCUGCUCCAAACCCCGUUGUUACCGCAGAAGCUCAAAUAUGUGCUCGUGAAGCAGUAGAUAAUUUUAGCAGUGACGAGGAUGAGCAAGAUGUCAAGCCUAGGAGAAUCUCGAAUGGUGAAGGCAGUAGAAAGAGGAGGGUUGUUUUUGAUUUCUCAGAUGAAGAGGAUGAUUAUGAAAAUGCAGUCAGUCUAGCCUCACCUGAUCCUCCUCCACAAAGGCAAUCAAGCAUAGAUGAUAAACACAAUAACAAAACCUUGGUUCUUGAGAAAAACAAUAUGAAUUUUGAAGAGAAAGAAGAAAAAUCAAAGAUUAAGCAGGAGAAAGCAACCAAAAAAGAUUUUAUCCUACCACAGAAAGAAGAUACAGGAGUUCCUAACAAUGGAAAGAAAGGUGGAAUUUUGUUGUCAGAGAAGAUCCACAAUGGUUUCCCUGAGAGUGAUGGAGAUAAGAAAGAUACAACUAAUGCUGCUCCUAUGUCACCCAAAAGGAGGAAAGUGCUCAAGACACGGAUUGAUGAGCGUGGGAGAGAAGUUACAGAGGUUGUUUGGGAGGGUGAAGAGACAGAGACCAAGAAUGCUGACAAGGAUGCAACCAAGAAUUCUGUGAACAGGGCUCCUGCAGUGAAGUCUCCAGCAUUGGGUGGCACUGCUCCAUCUAAACCAGUGGACAAGACUUCAGCAUCAGGUGCCAUUGCUCCAUCUAAUUCAGUGGCUAAGUCAGCAUCAGGUGGCAGUGUCACUGCUCCAUCUAAUCCAGCUAGCAAAGCUGGAAACAAGAAAACAGGAAAAGCUGGUGUUAAGGAUGCUAAGCAAGGCAACAUUCUGUCAUUCUUCAAGAGGGUUUAAACUUUGAAGAGUUCCAGAGAAUGAGAGCUAGGGCACACGAGGGAGAGCAAUAUUGUGAUUGAUUGAACUGGUUCAGUGUUUAUAACUUGAUCAAAAGAGGAAACUGUUCAUCUAAUCGAAUCACAGUACAUAUAUUCCUGUUCAACUAGAAGCAUUAGUGAGUGGACAAAAUUGCAAGAAUGUAUUUUAUCUAUUUAUUCUUCAUAUUAAGUAUGCUUUUGGAUAUAUUUAA